AUGUCGGGAAAGACUGGAUCAAAGAUAUCGCCGGACCUGAAUGACGAUGCAAGCCGUCAGGGCGUGAUGCUGACGUGUCUACGACCCAUGGUCUUCCGCUUUGAUCAAUCCAUGGAAUCCGCCCAUUCCUAUCUUAACCCGACCUCCAAGGGCAAAGUGCCGAACGUGAGUCUCGUCUACUGUUAG